ACAGGGGCGGCACUGGCACCGGCCGGGACAGCUGGGUCCAAAGGAGCAAAGGGACACAGACCUGCGGGCCCCAUGGCUAAGGAGAGGGGGCCACAGAAGGGGCCCGCGCUCCAGAAUGCUUCGGGCCUCCAGGAUAGCUUGUUCUCCUCUGAAAGUGACAACAGCCUGUACUUCACCUACAGUGGCCAGCCUAACACCCUGGAGGUCAGAGACCUCAGCUACCAGGUGAAAAUGGCCUCCCAGGUGUCUUGGUUUGAGCAGCUGGUUCAGUUCAAGAUGCCUUGGACAUCUCGCCACAGCCAAGAUUCCUAUGAGCUGGGCAUCCAAAACCUGAACUUCAGAGUGAGAAGUGGGCAGAUGCUGGCCAUCAUAGGGAGCUCAGGCUGUGGGAGAGCCUCAUUGCUGGACGUGAUCACCAACCGAGGCCACGGUGGCAAGAUUAAGUCAGGCCAAAUCUGGAUCAAUGGACAGCCCAGCACACCUCAGCUGGUGAGGAAGUGUGUGGCCCACGUGCGCCAGCAUGACCAGCUGCUCCCCAACCUGACCGUCCGAGAGACCCUGGCCUUCAUUGCCCAAAUGCGCUUGCCCAGAUCCUUCUCUCAGGCCCAGCGUGACAAAAGGGUGGAGGACGUGAUCGCCGAGUUGCGGCUGCGGCAGUGUGCAGACACACGCGUGGGCAACACGUACUUGCGGGGGGUGUCGGGGGGCGAGCGGAGGAGAGUCAGCAUUGGGGUGCAGCUCCUGUGGAACCCAGGGAUCCUCAUUCUGGAUGAACCCACCUCUGGGCUCGACAGCUUCACGGCCCACAACCUGGUGAAGACCUUGUCCAGGCUGGCCAAGGGCAACAGGCUGGUGCUCUUGUCCCUGCACCAGCCCCGCUCGGACAUCUUCAGGCUGUUUGACUUGGUCCUGCUGAUGACGUCUGGCACCACUGUCUACUUGGGGGCAGCCCAGCACAUGGUCGAGUAUUUCACGGCCAUCGGCUACCCCUGUCCUCGCUACAGCAACCCUGCUGACUUCUAUGUGGACUUGACCAGCAUCGACAGGCGCAGCAGAGAGCAGGAAGCGGCCACCAGGGAGAAAGCCUGGUCGCUUGCCGCCUUGUUUCUAGAAAAAAUACGUGGCUCAGAUGACUUUCUGUGGAAAGCAGAGGUGAGGGAGCUCGACGUGGGCACUUGCGCAGCGAGCCCGGCCCUCCCACAGGACACCAGCAGCCUCCGGACUCCCACUGAGCUGCCUGGGGCAGUGCAGCAGUUCAACACGCUGAUCCGUCGUCAGAUUUCCAACGACUUCCGAGAUCUGCCAACCCUCCUCAUCCAUGGGGUGGAGGCCUGUGUGAUGUCCCUGACCAUCGGGCUCCUCUAUUAUGGCCAUGGGGCCACCAAGCUCUCCUUCACGGACAUGUCAGCCCUCUUGUUCAUGAUUGGCGCUCUCAUCCCCUUCAACGUGAUUCUGGAUGUCAUCUCCAAAUGUUACUCGGAGAGGGCAAUGCUUUACUAUGAACUGGAGGAUGGGCUGUACACCGCUGGUCCGUAUUUCUUUGCCAAGAUCCUAGGGGAGCUCCCAGAGCACUGUGCCUACACCAUCAUCUAUGGGAUGCCCACCUACUGGCUGGCCAACCUGCAGCCGAGCCUCAAGCCCUUCCUGCUGCACUUCCUGCUGCUGUGGCUGGUGGUCUUCUGCUGCAGGAUCAUGGCCCUGGCCACCUCGGCCAUGUUCCCCACCUUAUACAUGGCCUCCUUCUGUGGCAACGCUAUUUACAACUCCUUCUACCUCACCGGGGGCUUCAUGAUAAGCUUGAACAACCUGUGGACAGUGCCUGCGUGGAUUUCCAAAGUGUCCUUCCUGCGAUGGUGCUUUGAAGGGCUGAUGCUGAUCCAGUUUGGCGGGCGUGUUUACAGCACGCAGGUGGGCAACGUCACCAUCUCGGUCCCGGGGGAUGCGAUCCUCGAUGCUAUGGACCUGAACUCGUACCCGCUCUUGACCAUCUACGUCAUCAUCAUCGGCAUCAGCGGUGGCUUCACGGUCCUGUACUAUGUGUCUUUAAGGUUCAUCAAACAGAAAUCUAGUCAGGACUGGUGAAUCGUGCCCAGGCUCCCCGCUGGUGGGGGACUAAAGUGGACCCUUCAGCUGCACUCCCUUCCCCCUUCCCG